AUGGAACGCUUCCUUGGCUUUGUCAAGCAGAUCCGCAGGUCCCGGAGACGCAAGGGCAAAAAGUACCGGCCCGAGGAGGAUUAUCACGAGGGUUACGAGGAUGUGUACUACUACGCCUCCGAACACCUGCACAAUGAGGGGCCAUACAAACACUCCAACCCCUCCAGACCACCAGAUGGAGCUCUGGCUAUCAGAAGACAAAGUAUCCCAGAAGAAUUUAGGGGCUCCAGCAUGGUUGAGUUGAUGAAGAAGGAAGGCACCACCCUGGGCCUGACUGUCUCUGGAGGCAUCGACAAGGACGGCAAGCCACGUGUCUCUAACCUCCGUCAGGGAGGCAUUGCAGCCAGGAGUGAUCAGCUGAAUGUGGGAGACUACAUUAAGUCUGUCAACGGCAUCAAUCUGACCAAGUUCAGGCAUGAUGAGAUUAUCAGUCUGCUAAAGAACGUGGGAGAGAGAGUCGUGCUGGAGGUGGAAUAUGAACUGCCGCCUGUCUCCGUUCAAGGUUCGGGUGUAAUGUUUAAAAAUGUUGAAGUGACAUUACACAAAGAGGGAAACACAUUUGGAUUCGUCAUCAGAGGAGGUGCCCACGAAGACAGGAACAAAUCUCGCCCAGUUACCAUAACAACAAUCAGACCCGGUGGCCCUGCUGAUAGGGAAGGCACAAUCAAACCAGGCGACAGGCUGUUAAGCAUUGAUGGCAUUCGUCUGCACGGCACCUCCCACGCCGAGGCAAUGAGUAUUCUCAAGCAGUGCGGUCAGGAAGCAACACUACUGAUUGAGUAUGACGUGUCCAUCAUGGACUCCAUAGCCAGCGCUUCUGGUCCCCUCCUUGUUGAAGUGGCAAAGCCAUUGGGAUCCAGCCUCGGUGUGGCUCUUUCUACCUCCAUGUACUGCAACAAACAGGUCAUUGUUAUCGACAAGGUGAAACCAGCCAGCAUCGCAGACAGGUGCGGGGCAUUGCAUGCCGGUGAUCAUAUCUUGUCAGUAGACGGUACAAGCAUGGAGUAUUGCACACUGGCUGAAGCCACCCAGCUGCUAGCUAGUGCAUGUGAGCACGUCAAAAUGGAGAUCCUUCCCCAUCACCAGACCAGGCUGGCUCUUAAAGGUCCAGAGCAUGUCAAGGUGCAGAGGAGCAACCGGCCGCUACCCUGGGAGUCCGGCACAAACAACAACAGCAACUUUCUCCCUUACCAGCAUUAUAACACCUACCACCCCGACCAGUCCCGCAGCCAGGCCAAGCAGAAAUCCUCUCCAAACAACCCCUCUCUGGGUUCGUCCUUCUCGCCCACCUCCAUGAGUGCCUACAGCCUGAGCUCUCUCAACAUGAGCACACUGCCGCGCAACAUGUAUCCCACAAGUCCCCGCGGCACUAUGAUGAGGCGCAAGCUCAAGAAGAAGGACUACAGGAGUUCAUUGUCUUUAGCUUCCAGCACUGUGGGGCUGGCAGGUCAAGUGGUCCACACAGAGACCACUGAGGUGACUCUGAUGAGCGACCCCAUCAUGGGGUUUGGGAUCCAGCUCCAGGGAGGGGUGUUCGCCACAGAAACCCUGACUUCUCCACCACUCAUCGCUUACAUAGACCAUGACAGCCCGGCUGAGAGGUCUGGCGUGUUGCAGAUCGGAGACAGAAUUCUGUCCAUCAAUGGGAUCCCUACAGAAGACAGCACACUGGAAGAGACCAACCAGCUGCUGCGUGACUCCAACAUCACCAGCAAAGUUACACUGGAGAUCGAGUUUGACGUAGCAGAAUCUGUUAUACCGAGCAGUGGCACCUUCCACGUGAAGCUACCAAAGAAGCCAGGCGUGGAGCUGGGCAUCACUAUUAGCUCUCCAUCCAACCGGAAGCCAGGGGAUGCUCUGAUCAUCUCAGACAUUAAGAAGGGCAGCGUGGCACACAGGACAGGGACUCUGGAGCUGGGGGACAAGCUCCUGGCCAUCGACAAUAUCCGUCUGGACAACUGCUCCAUGGAGGAUGCUGUACAGAUCCUGCAGCAGUGUGAGGAAUUGGUCAAGCUUAAAAUCCGCAAGGACGAGGACAACUCAGACGAGCAGGAGAGCUCUGGUGCCAUCAUCUACACCGUGGAGCUGAAGCGUUACGGCGGGCCACUGGGCAUCACCAUUUCAGGCACCGAGGAGCCUUUCGACCCCAUAAUCAUCUCCAGCCUUACGAAGAGUGGACUGGCAGAGAGGACUGGAGCGAUCCAUGUUGGAGAUCGCAUUUUGGCCAUCAACAGUAACAGCCUCAAGGGAAAGCCGCUGAGUGAAGCUAUUCACCUACUUCAGAUGGCUGGAGAGAGUGUUACACUGAAGAUCAAAAAACAGGGAGAGUUGACAAGUCCUAAGCAGCCAUCAGUACCUGGCCGUCUGGGUGAGCUGAGUGAUUUGGAAGAUGAAAACCAAGUUGGGCAAAAGCCAGGAAAGCUGUCAGAUCUCUACUCUACCACUAUCCCCAGUGUGGACAGUGCUGUGGAAUCCUGGGAUGGAUCAGCCAUCGAUACCGCCUACAGCACCCAAGCCCCAACAGGUUUCCAUGCCUCCAGCUACAGUUUUCAUGAAUGGAGGAAUGCCAAAGUGAGUCGGGGCAGUGUGUCUCCAGGCAGCAUCAGCCAUCAAAGGAGCAAUGUCUUACAGGACCUGGGUCUGAGUGAUGAUGAGUGGGACAAACCUACUGCCAGCGGGUUCACUGUGGGCCAUGAUGGUACAGAGCCAGAUCAGGAGGAGAACUUCUGGUCUCAGGCACUGGAGGAUCUGGAAACCUGUGGCCAGUCUGGGAUUCUCCGUGAGCUUGAGGCCACCAUCAUGUCUGGAAGUACGCUGAGUCUGAACCAUGACCCGACACCUGCGCGAUGCCAGUUGGGCCGGCAGGCCAGUUUCCAGGAGCGUGGCAGCAACAAAACGCAGUACAACCAGGCCAACCGUAGCAACACACUUCCCAGCGAUGGUGGACGCAAAGCCUUCGCGAUGAGAAAGAUGAAGCAAGAGAUCACAGACAUCAUGUCCUCAAAUCCUGUGGAACUGCACAAGGUGAGUCUUGUCAAAGAAUCAGACCUGGAUGACUUUGGCUUCAGUGUGUCUGAUGGGCUUGUGGAGAAGGGAGUCUAUGUCAACAACAUCCGCCCAGGUGGACCAGCUGAGGUUGCAGGUCUCAAGCCCUUCGACAGGCUGUUACAGAUAAACCAUGUCCGAACCAGAGACUUUGACUGCUGCUUGGUGGUUCCUCUCAUCGCCGAGUCUGGGAACAAGCUGGACUUGGUGAUCAGCCGAAAUCCCGUAUCGGCUCAGCCAUCAGAACUAAACCAGCUUCCCAACGAGGAACCAGUGGGCUGGACUGACCUCUCUGAGUCUCUAGCACAGGAAGCGGCCCAACAGAACUCCAGGUUGGCGGGGUCAGAGGACAGAGACCCUAACAAGACCUUAUAGCAGAACCCAACCCCUCCUAUCCAGCACAGGCUCGAUUCCUCCUCAUGGUGCUAAGUGAAUUCACCCCUACAGCUCCCCCUGCUGGAGUGAGCCGGAGCUUUUAUGUUCCUAUAGCACACCCAGUUUCUUCCCUGAGUCACAGCAUGAGCCACACACACUGAAAAGGUCCUGUCAGCACCCACUCCUGUGAAAAUGACAUUUGGAAUAAGGAAGGUGGACGUACUGACCUUUUGGAGUAUUGAAACUGAAAAAAAUUGGGGGAAAAAAAGAAAAAAAACGGAACCAGUGCCAUCGUUCAUUUUUAUUGCCAAUAAAAACAUUUUUAAAGAAAAAAAUGAAGCAAAGGGAAACAACGUUUACACAUGAUGGACUGGCCUCUCUGUUGUGUGUGUGAGUGUGUGAGUGUGUGUGUGUGUGUGUGUGUGUGUGUGUAAACAGGACUUUAUGUGAGUCUUGGCCAGAGAAACCCUGCAUUCUCUGAAGAAAAAACCCUCUUUGUUUAAACCUCCGCCGUUCACCUCGUCUCUAGUUACUUUCAUUUGUAGUAUCAAACCAAACUGUGUGUAUAGUGACUUCCCCGUAAUUUUGUAAUUGCUCACGAGUCAUGCCAAGUGAUGCCUCACACAGCAGGAAACAGUUCAGCACAAGCUCAGCUUACUGAACCGGCGAACCCAAUAGCCAUUUUCUAAACAUUUUCCAAUCAAAAACUAGUCAGCCUGAGUGGGUUGGGUAGUCUAAUGCAUGAGAUUUUUAAAAAAAAAAAACUGUUUUCUAAUGGUAGAAGUGCUACUGUACAGAAAAAAAUCUUGAUU